ACAAAAUGUAGAAGUAGCUCCGGUCAUUUCAGAAACAAGUUCUGUUCUGGCUGUCGUGUGUUUUGUCUAAGGGAGAAGCGAGGGAAGAGAUUAAAAGAUUAAACCUUUUUCGCCUUCAUGGAUUCGAAGUUGAGGAAUUUCGUGAUGGGUCUGUUUGUGAUGACUGCGAUCUUGAAAGGUUCUGGUGUCGACGCGUGGACUGGCGAGAUUCGUGGUAGAGUUGUGUGUGAUGUCUGUGCUGAUUCUUCAAUUGGGCCAGAAGAUCAUGUUCUUGAAGGAGCUGAGGUUGCGGUUCUGUGCAUAACGAAAUCUGGAGAAGUUGUGAACUACCAAGCUUUCACAAACUCAAAAGGUGUCUACACAGUUGCAGAGACAAUGCCAGAGAGUGAACGUUGGGACGCUUGCCUUGCAAGACCCAUCAGCAGCUUCCACACACCUUGCAACCGCCUACACCAAGCCAAUACCGGAAUCAAAUUCACUUAUAACCGCCCUUCCGGUUUCUUUCAUGCCGUGAAACCGUUUGUGUAUCGACCACAAUAUGCACCUUCUUAUUGCUGAUUCACAGACUCUUUGUUAAAGUCCUUGUAAGUUUUUUUUUUUUUUUUUUUUACCUUGUAAGUUGGUAAUAUAAUUGAAAUAUACUAUCAAAAUAUGAAAUAGUUUGGAUUUGUAAAAUGCUAAUAUGGAUCAAGCUUAGAUCUUC